AUGGUGGCUGUACCUUCCCACUCUUUCCAUCAUGUCAUCUUACUGUUCCAGUUGUGUUUGUUACACAUGGUUCACGGCGGAGCAUAUUACGGACAGAAACAGCCUCCGCAGCAGCACCAACCCAUUCCACAGUACGACGGGUUUCAACAGCAGCAGUUUCUGGGAAAUGAAAUGCCAUUGCUACCUCAGAAUGGAAAUGAGUUUCCUCAGCUGCCUUUGCAAAUGGCAAAACAAAGGCUACUGACGAAGGGCAAAGGGCAAACUUUUCCAAGAGGAGCCAAGGGUCCACCUUUACCUUUUCCUGAUGGACAAGGUUUUCCAGAAGGACCACAAGGAAUUCAGGGCCCCCCUGGACCAACUGGGCCACCAGGUCCACAGGGCCCUUCUGGGCCACCAGGUCAGGGAAUGCCGGGUUUGCCAGGAACGCCAGGGCCCCCUGGUCCUCUGGGCUACAGAGGAGUUGGAAAACCUGGUAUGCCGGGGUUGCCUGGAAAGCCUGGAGGCCCCGGACUACCAGGUCCAAAAGGUGACCUUGGACCAGUGGGUGAAGAUGGGCCACCUGGACUUAUUGGGCAACCAGGACUCCCAGGUCCCACUGGACUCCCUGGAAGAUCAAAACCAGGAGGUCAGGGUCUGCCGGGACUUCCAGGCCAUUCUGGUGAGCCUGGUCAAAACGGCCCACCUGGGUUCCCUGGUCCAUCUGGCCCAAAAGGAGAACAAGGACUUGGUAUACCUGGUUUUCCAGGUUUGAAAGGACCUAGUGGCCCACCUGGCCCACCUGGACAAGUAGGUCUUCCUGGCAAUGGUAAACCUGGCUCUAAUGGUCUACCUGGACAACCUGGAAUACCAGGGAAACCAGGUCCUCCUGGAGAACCUGGGUUUGCAGGACAACCUGGUGAAAGAGGCCAAGCAGGACUUCCAGGGAUGCCAGGAAUUGGGAAACCAGGAAACGAUGGGUUUAGAGGUCAACAAGGCCUUCCAGGAGGAAAAGGUGAAAUUGGGUCUCCUGGUUUAACUGGACCCCCUGGUUUACCUGGUUAUGGUAAAACAGGAUUUCCAGGACCAAAGGGUCACAAGGGACAAGCUGGACCUCCAGGACCAUCAGGCUCAAAAGGGGAAAAGGGUCAAGUAGGGCUUCCAGGGGUAAAUGGUCCAACUGGGCUUAAUGGAAUGCCUGGUGCACCAGGCUUAAUGGGACUUCCUGGUGAUUUUGGCUUCCCAGGACUAAAAGGAGAGGGUGGUGAUGGAGGUCCAAGAGGAAAUCCUGGAACAAAGGGCGAUAGGGGACCUUCAGGUCUUCCAGGACAACCUGGUAGUUUAGGAGACAGUGGACAACCUGGACCAAGAGGUGUACAAGGGCCCAUUGGCCCUAAAGGAGACACUGGUUUUAGAGGUUUACCUGGUGCCCCUGGUGCUGCAGGAUUACCAGGACCAAAAGGAGAGGGAGGAGAACCUGGAGACAAAGGUCACCCAGGACCACAGGGUAUUCCUGGACUUACAGGACCAGGGGGACCAAUUGGACCUCCUGGUCUGCCAGGACAUAAAGGUGAAGCAGGUCCAGUAGGUAACCCUGGUUAUCCUGGGAAGGGAAACCCUGGACCCCCUGGUCAAAUUGGUCCUCAAGGUAGCCCUGGUGUCGGUGGCCCCCCUGGACUUCCAGGACGACCAGGACCACCAGGGCCCCCUGGUCCUCCAGGACUAUCCACUUCAUACCCUGACCUUGGCCAGAUUCUCCCUCACAGCGGCCCUUACGAGAGUCAAAGCAACGAAAAACUAAAGAAUGGAGGUGAGAUCAGCGGAGCCACCUUGAAAAUGCCUGCAUUCACAGCAAAGCUCACAAAUCCAUUCCCUCUAGUUGGUUCUCCCAUCAUCUUUGAUAAACUCCUGCACAAUGGCAAUCAGGACUACAAUUCACAAACUGGUAUUUUCACCUGUAGCUUACCAGGAAUUUAUUACUUUGCCUAUCAUGUUCACUGCAAAGGAAGUAACGUUUGGGUGGCACUGAUGAAAAACAACGAGCCAGUCAUGUACACUUAUGAUGAGUACAAGAAAGGGUUGCUGGAUCAGGCUUCGGGGAGUGCUGUACUCCCCUUACAAAGAGGGGAUACUGUUUAUGUACAAUUACCAUCAGAUCAGGCAGCAGGACUUUAUGCUGGUCAGUAUGUCCACUCCACCUUUUCCGGAUAUUUACUGUACUCGAUGUGAACAAGUUUGUGAACGUUAGUCUUGAUGCAUCAAUGGAAAAUUCAGUAUAACAAUGCUAACAUUGCUUCAAACUCGAGGUUUAGGUAGGGCAAAUUAAAGGAGACAAAAUAAAUUUUAAAAGGGUAUUUUGAGCUUUGGAUUUAUUCAAGUAUUUAAGGAAAGU